GAGAACAGCAGUAGGGAUGAACGCCUGGCUGGUGAAGUCAUGGAGGGAGACGAGGAGGCCAGCAUGUUGGAUGAGCUCCUUGAGCAGGUCAGAAAAGAUGACCCUUUAAUGACGGAGCUCAAUGUCAACAACUCAGAUGUCAUCAAGACCCACACUCUCAUCCAAUUUGCAGAAGCACUACAACGCAACACACAUGUCAAGACGUUUGCUUUAGCCAACACCUGGGCUGACGACCAUGUGGCUUAUGCCAUUGCCGGCACUCUGCGGAAUAACACGUCUCUGACCAGCGUAAUCCUUGAUUCCAACCACCUCACUGGCAAGGGAAUUUUGGCCGUGGUACACGCCUUAGAGAAAAAUAUAACCGUCACUGAGCUUCGCUUCCACAACCAGCGGCACAUCUGUGGAGGCAAGACAGAGAUGGAGAUGGCCAAUGCGUUGAGAAACAACACCAGGUUGAUGAAGCUGGGCUACGGCUUUGAGCUGGCCGGCCCAAGGAUGACCAUGACCGACAUCCUGAGUCGGAACAUGGACUUGCAGCGGCAACGUAGACUGGAGGAAAAGAAACAGGUGCAGCUGCAAGCCCAUUCAUCCCAGCAGCUUCAGCCAUUCCAGUCAUCAUGCCAGACACCGCAACCAUAGACUAACACAAAAAAGAACACCUUGCCUUUGGGGAAGUUAGUCAACCUCAACCCAAGUCUGUUGGUGAGACUAAGAGGACAGGAAACCUUAUGAAAACAUCUCCUUUUUUGUCCCGCCCUAAACCCUCAGCUGAACCCUUCUACAAGGUGAGCGGCAAAGCUGGGGACAUGGCGAGCCCUAAGGCUGUGGGUAAGCUAAACCCUAAGGCUUGGGGUGGUAGAUCUGGAACAGGGUUUACACCACCUCCUCCUAAGGCUGGGGAUGCUGGAUCUCGUCCUGGGUCUCCACCACCUCCACCUCAGGCUCCUAAGGCUGGCCAAUCUGGACCAGCAGCACCUCCACCUCCUCCCCCUUUCCCAGUGUUGGAGGGCCUAAGGAAAGCCCUUAUGCCUGCCUCACAGAGGAAAUUCAGCGGGCUGACUUCACGCCACGGAGAGAGGAACACUAGGGACCAGUUGCUGGACUCCAUUCGCAAGAGCACUAUGAAAGCUCAAAAAAAUGUUCGAACAGGAGAGGAGUGGAGUGGAAGUUGUUUGUGAAAGCAGCAUGAUAAUGCAAUCAGUACAAUGUGAUUAAUGUGGUUGAUGUUCCGAAGCUGCUUCAGUAACGGGCAGGGGAUCACAGGAAGAAGAGGUUGGACUUGAUACAGAAACAGAACUGCAUUUGUCUUACAGUAGUACCUGGGGUGCAGCCUUGCUUCUGUUGUUGCUGCUGAGAUAUGGAGAGAUAUCUAAUGCAGUGGGUACUGUGAGUCAGAAGGUGGUUUUGGUGAAACCACCUUAGGCUACACUUCCUGUUGACUUCCGUCUCCCUCAGUUGAAUCUCUCCCUCCUUUUCUCCUUAGAUGUUCAUAUUUGGUCAUUGCAUUGAAGACACAGUAUGAUGUAAGAAUAAUUAAUUUUUAAUUACUGGAUGAUGGUCAGUUGGAUGUUCUGCUCUUUCAUGUGAGGCUUUGUCCAGCUAAGAGGUAGGGAGAAUGGGGGAGUUGCAUAGCGGAAACAGAAAAGUUCAAAGGGGAGAACAACUGAAAGGAAAGGCUUACACAUUGCAAGUCACCAUAUUUUUUGUAUUUUUAGACAGUUAAGUAGCCGUAAGAGGAAUGAACAAAGACAUUUUUUAAAUGUUUUUUUUAAAGAUAAUUUUCCAGUGUCACGAUUAAAGGAUAUUAUAUACUGAACAAAACUAUAAACGCAACAUGCAACAAUUCAUUAUUAUUACAA